AUGGCUGAGAUGUCAACAUCAGACAACCCCAACAACACAGAAGCACUUUUUGCUCAUAGAAAAAAGAAUUUCAGAUUUGAAAAGGAGGAGUUUAAGAAGCAUGACAAUGAUGGACCAGGUGAAUCUUCCUCGCAUUAUAAGAAGAAGUUCAAGUGUCAUCGAUGUGGUAAACCUGGUCAUAUCAAAAGGUUCUGCACCGUGAAGCUUAAUUCUAGAAACUAUGUUAGGAAAAAUGGUGGCUCUUAUGACUCAAGUGAUGAAUCAAAGUUCUCCAUAUUACAACCACAUACUGGCAAUGAAGCUAUGGUGACAGCAGACAAUACAGUUCACAAGGUUGAGAAUGAAGGCACGGUGGUCAUCAAUGAUGGAUGUAACGAUUCUAUCACCUUAAAUAAUGUUUUCCAUGUUCCUGGCAUGAAGAAAAAAUUAUUUUCAGUUCCAAAUGCUGUGGAUACUGGUUAUAAUGUCUUGUUUGGGCCACAUGAUGUUAAAUUUCUUAAAAAUGUUAAGUAUAUAAAGGCAGAUGUCAUGCAUACUGGUAGAAGGGUGAAGGAUACAUUUGUGUUGUCUGCCUCUUCAUCUUAUAUUGAUAAAGUAAGUUGCAAUGAGAAUGUAUCAUUGUGGCAUGCUAGAUUGGGGCAUGUGAACUUUGAUAAGUUGAAAGCUAUGGUUCGAAAGAAUUUGGUGAAUGUAGGCGUCGAAAAUUGCCUAUAG